AUGCAAUACCAACAACAUACUUCUGUCAUUUAUUUAUUAGUUAUUUUUCUUGGAGUUUCAUUUGGACUCAUUACUUUAUUAUAUACUUAUCAACGAACAUUAAUUCAAACAUCAUUUCUCACUUCAAAAACAUUACUUGAUAAUACAACUAUUGAUUCAUUUGCUUAUUAUAAAGGUGGGUAUCAAAUAAUUCAACAAAAUAUAACAUUAAAUUUAAAUGGAAUUUGUACUGCUUCUGAUUAUCAAUUAGAACAAAUUUUUGAAUUAUUAUCUCAACAUCGAGGAAAUGUAUUUUUUAGACAAUUUAUUCCAUUUUAUUCAAAUAUAUCAGAAAAUAUCUUAUUGGCUGAUACAAUAAUUGAAUUAAAUGGUAAUUAUAAUAUUAAAUUAUAUACUAGUUGUUAUAUUCAAACAGGAAUAUUUAUUAAACCUUCUUUAAAUAUUAAUCAAAAUAAUGGAACUGUUACUAUGUUUAAAUGUUAUUUAGCUAUUACUAACUGGAUUCAAAAUGAUAUUAAUUUAUUUAGAAAUUUAGUUAAACCUCAUUUACUUGAAGCUUCUAGGUUGAAACUUGAUCAUUUACAACCAAUUACUACACUCCAAACAAUGGAUCUUGUAUUUAAUUCAGAAAAAAGACCAAUUUUUAGAGGUAUUAUUAGUGGAGAUGGAGAAAAUAUCAUCAUUAUUAAAGGUGUUUCAUUUGAAGAAGAAACUCAAAAAUUUCAAAUUAUGAUUUUAUUAAAUAUUUUUGUUAUGGUUUAUUACAUUCAAUCAUGGAUUCUAUUAUCUUCUGAAUCAAAUGAUACUCCUCCAACAUCAUUUAUAUCUUUAUCUCUUUUUCCAGUAUAA